AAAGAACCCAAGAAAAAACGUAACAGGAUCAAAAGAAUAUGUCGUUGUUUUAAAAUUACAAUCGAUUCUCGAUUAAUAUUAAUUGGUAUCAGAAAUCAGAGAAUUCAUUCAUUUAUGUUUUGUCCACAUACAUACGUAUGCUGAUAUAUGUAAACGAUGAUAAAGCUAUAACGUUUUGUUGCAUGUAUUAUAAGUUUCAUAUUUUCGCAUAGUGAUUUAAGGUUUAACGACAAAAUUACAAAACGAUAGCUAUGGCUGACGAAAACUCAACAAACCAAACGGAAGAUCAAGAAUUAAACGAUUUAUUAGACAGUGCUUUGAAGGACUUCAACAAAGAACAAAUAUCAAAUAAAGAGGAUAUGUGUAAAGCAGAUAAUUUAGAAUCCACAACAGAUAAGAACACAACUGAUAUAUCGGAAGAUGCUUGGACUACAGAUUUUGUUAAACAAGCAGCAGAACAAUUUGUAGAAAGCCUACGAAGUUUCAUUCAAAAUGAUAGCGAAUUAGGAGUUUCUUCUCAAAAGAUGGCACAGACAGUUGCUAGUACAAAAAACAGCGAAGAAACCUUUGAUAAAGAUAGUGUGAGUAGAGACUUUCAAACUGCCAUUGCACAAGCAUUAAACGACUUGUCUACAACGUCCGAAAACUUACAGAGCGAGGCUGAUUUAUCUGAAAUGUUUGGACUAGCAUCCUUGGAAGAUGGGCCAAGUGCCAUUCCACCAUUCAUGCAAGGAAUGCUACAGCAUUUAUUGUCAAAAGAAAUUUUGUAUCCGUCACUAAAAGAAUUAGUAGAUAAGUAUCCUGAAUGGUUAGAAGAGAAGAAGACAGUGAUAUCAUCGAGUGACCUUCAGAGGUUUAGAAAACAGCUUGAAUUAAUGCAGCAGGUAUGUAUGGAACUCGAUAAAGAGAAAGAUGGUGAUACGGAAGAAGUGAAAAAGAAACGUUUUGAGACAAUAAUAUCGUUUAUGCAAGAAGUACAAGCUUGUGGUCAAUUACCUGAAGAAUUAAUAGGAGAACAGACAAUGCCUUUUCAAACUGAUACUGAGGGCGAUCCAGUGAUUCCAGCGUUACUACGCAUCAUGGAAACACCGCAGAAUUGUUGCUUAAUGUAAAUCCAUCCUAAUAAUUAUUUUUAGACCUCUGCGUUCAUAAUAAUACAAGAGGUUGUUGUUUAAAAUAAAAUAUCGAGGUAAAUAAUGAAUUGGGAUGUUCAAUCCAUGGAUCUUUUAGAUGUGUUGUAAUAUACAUAUAUAGCAUAUAAUAUACAUGUAUUACAAUAUACAUAUCUGCUAUAAGGGAUAUAUGGAAGACUAUUUAACAUAAUUUAUUAUUCUCAAUAAUGAUAUUUAUCAGUAUAUCAUGUUUGUAAAUAGUAAUGUUCCUUGUAUGUGAGUAUAUAUAUGCGUACGUAUGUACGUAUAUGUAUUGCUGCAAACAUUAGAUAUUUUUUGUAUACGCUUGAAAAUAAUAGAACACCAUUACAUUUGUAAAGAGCGAAACUUGAUUAUUUUCAGUGGAACUUCAACAAUACACAAGAACCAUGAUAAUCGCAUAA